UACAGUGAGAAGUGUAAUGAGAUUCGGAAUAUUUCCGAACGCGGAAGAAGCGUUAAUGUUAACGGAACGAUAAAACGGUAGUCCCUCUGCUAUUUACCGUUAAAACGUUAAAGAAGAUAUUUAUUGUGGCAGAAUGUUUGGCAGAUCCUCGUGUUAUAACUAUGAGAUUCUUCCACAGAGAGAUGACAGGGACAGUAAUACUCCUGGCCUGUUUACAUCCGGUCAGUCUCAGUACAACAGCGGCUUCUCCUUUGAUUAUGUCCCUAAAAUAAAAAACAACGAUUUCACAGACGAAAGUCAAGGAUUAUUAUCACGGCUGUGUAACUGGGUUGUUAUAUUCCUGGUUUUUCUUUGUACGGUCAUCACAUUCCCCAUAUCCGCCUGGUUUGUUUUAAAAACAGUGCCCAACUAUGAGAGAAUUGUUGUAUUCCGCCUGGGUCGCAUCCGAGCUCCAAAGGGUCCAGGAGUGGUUUUGGUGCUUCCGCUCAUUGACCAGUGGCAAAGGGUGGACCUAAGAACCAGAGCUUUCAACAUCCCACCAUGCAAGGUGACCACUAGAGACGGUGGCCUGGUGUCUGUUGGAGCGGAUAUCCAGUUCCGGAUCUGGAAUCCUCUCAUGUCUGUGGUGGCAGUGCAGGAUUUAAACGCUUCCACGCGCCUUACUGCACAGAAUGCUAUGACUCAGACCUUGGGCAAGAGGACUGUGAGAGAGAUCCAGACAGAGAGAGUCAAACUGGGAGAGCACCUUGGGAUGGACAUAAAUGAUCUGACAAAGCCUUGGGGACUGGAGGUUGACCGGGUCGAGCUGACCCUGGAAAGUGUGCUCCGUGCCUCAGAUGAGUCUCACUCAGGGCCACUCAUUAUGCCUCCAUCUCUCCCUGGCCUAGAGGGUCUUACUGGACCUAUACAGCAGCUUGCCAUGCACUUUCUGGGACAAAGUACAGCAGCAUCUCCACCUGCUAAAGAUUCAGUGCUCUUCACUGACGAGGUGAGCACAGAGGCUCCAGCAACUGGAAGCAGCGGUGUGAUCGAGGAGCUUCUGGCAGCUGUGAGACUGGUGCUGUCUGAGAGCUUGGUUAGGCAAGUGGGAGCCUGCUUCCAGUUUCACAUCAGUACCAGCACCGGCCAGACCAGGAGCUACUAUGUGGAUCUAACUCAAAACAGUGGAACAUGUGGUGCAGGCGAGGCGACGCAGCCAGACGUGUCUCUCAGUAUGAGUGAGCAAGAUAUGAUGGCUAUGUUCCAGGGCAGUCUGCGGCCAGUCACAGCGUAUGGCAGCGGCAGAUUGAGAGUUCAGGGAGACUUGAACACUGCGAUGAAAUUAGACACACUUGUUAAACUCUUAUUAAAAAACAAAACACUUGUUAAAACCUCUAUGAUAUCUAGUUAUACUUGAAUUUAAUGUGGCCACACCCUACAAAUUUGUGUUAGAGCUUUAAAAUGUAAACAGUUGUUGUGACCUGAAUAUUUAUCAUAGCUAAAUGAUAUGAUAAUAAAUAUAAUAGGUUUACUGUAAAAGAAAUCAUAGAAAAACGAGCAACUGGGUUAAUAAUAGCCAUUGAGGACAGACCUUAAAACUUCUUUCUAGUAAAUCUGAAUAAAUUAGAAAAGGUUUUUGUGUCUGUGAAUCUAAAACAGGAUAUGUUUUUAUUGCACUGUUUGAACAUACUACUGUGUGUAUAUUUGUGUUUAAAUGUUAAAGAAUUUGUAGUAAAUUAUAUAUUUCAGUUGCAUGAUCACAUUUCAUACAUGUUAAUAUAUGUUCUUUAUAAUAAAAACGCU